GGUCCUCUUAUUGAGGUUGCAUAACUGCAGAGUUCUUAUACAAUAUACAAUGCAAGGGUCUCGCCGAGGGCCGAGGGAGAGAUGUAAACCACUGCGCAUGUGCGAAGAAUCUGACGCCAUUCUCACUCAUUGCAACAAGACAUGUUUUGACGUUAACAAUUAUGUUGAACACAGUACGGCCUAAUGUGUAUUUGACACGAAAUGUUUCAUAAUUUAUUAGUGGAAAUGAAAUCUAGUGUGAAGUUACCCUUAUGAUAUUGAAGUCAUAGUCAAAGUAAGGUACACCGGAACCAGGAUAAAAAUCUACAAUCGUGCCUUAAUAUCUUCCUCCAUUUGCCUUUUGCACUUGUUAAUGGCAAAUCACACAAGCGUAUUUUAACUUUAUCAAUAUUAUUCAUAUAUACACGUAAAUAAGUCAAAAUACAUCGGUCCAAGUGCCUGUCCAAAUUUUUGAUGCUAUUUUAAAUGUUACAAGAUUAAGAAGAGAAAGCAUCGUAUAUGAACCAUUCAUAUAAAUUUAUUUAGAUAUAGAAGCGAUAUGUCAAUAGUUGUUUGAAGACGUAAAUCGAAGAGCGGAGUUGUGUGGAUGGUUUUGUCGGCAAGAUGUCGUUGUGGGUGGGCGGCGGGGGCAAUGGAGAAGUGCGGCCGACCACGACCGUCAUGUCGGCCAACACCUCCAUGGAGUCCGGGAUCGAAGCAGGGGUUCUGCCGACAGUCACGGGCUCGCUCGCCUCCGCCCGGGACUCGUUGGGCUCGCUGUCCCGGGCCGCGGAACAGCUGUACGACACAGAUCAUACGGAUCUCGGCUCGGAACUUGACGAGGCGGAGAUUAGAAGGGAGUUGAUGCAUGAUAAAUGGCGUCUCCUCUUCGAUCGUUUCGAUCCGGAGGGCUUUGGCGAGAUCCCGUGGCCCGACUUCCUGCAGACGCUACAAAACCCAGAUUUUAUUUCUCAGGUGCCACCUCACAAACAUGAGAUACUGUUGGACAAAGCUCGCAGCGCUACAUCCGAUGCGAUCACAUUUCAGGAGUUCGUUAACGUGAUAAAAGCCGACUCUAAUGAAGACAUCACUCCGCCGGAGAAAAAUGUACCAAUAGAUCUUAGUGACGAUAGAGGCGACAAAGUAAUGUACCGAGUUUCCGACUAG